AUGUCCAUCCGUUCCCAAUCACCAACUGGCUCCGUCACCGAAAAGAAGGAUGUGGUGAAGCAUCUCGAGAGGACCACAGUCACAGAGUUUGUUGUUCCGGAUGCCGACUAUGAUACCAAUGCGUCUGCGGGGUUCUGGGGGAGAUUCCUCAAAAAGUCUCCCUCUCCGCGCUUUCUCGAGGAUCUUCAGCGCAUGAACGAGACUGAGCUUGAUGAGGUCAAGAUCCAGAAGAUUGAGCGAAAGCUUGAUUGGCUCAUCAUCCCAGCACUUGCCAUCUGUUAUGCUUUUUACUACAUUGACAAGACAACGCUUGCAUAUGCAGCUAUUUUUGGGAUAAAAACCGACUUGCAUCUGAGGAAGACCGAAUACAGUUGGCUGUCUUCCUUAUUCUACUUCGGCUGGCUCUUCUGGGCUCUUCCCGGCAAUCUUCUCAUGCAAAAAUUUCCACUAAACAAAUACCUGGCAGUUAACAUCUUCAUAUGGGGAGGUUUGCUCAUGGCACAAGCUGCGAGCCGCAACUUUACAGAACUGGCAAUCUUGCGUACUCUUUCCGGUGCUGCUGAAGCGAUUGCCGAUCCCGCCUUCAUGUUAAUCAGCUCGACUUGGUGGACGAGGGCGCAACAGCCUCGAGUAAUUGGUCUCUGGUAUUGCGCUAAUGGUGGAGGCAUUGGUCUCGGUGGUUUGUUAGGUUACGCCAUUGGUAGCAUAAAAGGAGGCCUCGCAUCAUGGAAAUACGAGUUCCUGAUCAUCGGAGCGCUUUGCUGCCUUUGGUCUAUCGUGCUCUUCAUCUUCAUUCCCGAUUCGCCAUACACAACGCAUUGGUUUACGCGCGAGGAGCGGCUCAUCAUUGUCAGCCGCAAACGCCACGAUCAGCAUGUCGCUGAUGCUCGAAAGUGGGACAAGGGUCAAAUUCUCGAAGCAUUCAUGGAUAUCAAAAUUUACCUCUUCUUCUUCUUUGGAUUGACGGCGAAUAUCCCUAAUGGUGGAACGAGCAACUUUGGGACUUUGAUUGUCAAAGGGUUUGGGUUCGACACUCUCACUACGACCCUCAUGCAAAUCCCAUAUGGAGCAGUCAUCGUCCUAUUCAUUCUGGUAACAAUCUUCGUCAACAACCGCCUUCCAUUGGGCAAUCGUACCUGGUUGAUGGUCGCCACCAACAUCCCGACCGUCGCCGGAUUUGCCAUGGUGGCUUGGGGAAAGAAUACAGCGACCCGUCUCGCUGGAUUUUGGAUGACUGGGGCCUCUAAUGCCACCUUUGUUGUCGGUCUCUCCCUCGUAUCAGGAAACGUUGGCGGAACGACCAAAAAAGCAAUAGCGAGCGCCGCCGUGUUCUUGGGAGUCGCUGCUGGGCAAGUCGAAGCACCCGUUUACCUGACUGGCGUUAUUGCAUGCAUGGUGUCUCGCGCUGCCGAGAUCGUGGUCAUUAUCCUUCUUCGCGUCGUCUUCGUCACAUCCAACAACCGACGUGACAAGGCCCUUGCGAGCGGACAAAUUGAAUAUGACCCCCGCCAUAUCCCUCUGGAUGAUGUAUCCGACUGGAAGAAUCCAGCAUUCCGCUAUGUUACGUAA